UUUAAAUGUACUUGCUAGGCAUGACUGACCACAGGAGUUUGCAGGGUGCAUGUUUCAGAUUGCUUUAUUAUUUCAGCAAGGAAACAUCUUUACGGACUGUUUCAUUACAACUCCACAAUGCUUCGAUUUGAAUCGCUUCCAGAUCCCACAGAUACCUGGGAAAUUAUAGAGACCAUAGGCAAAGGCACCUAUGGCAAGGUCUAUAAGGUAACUAACAAGAGAGAUGGGAGCCUGGCUGCAGUAAAAAUUCUAGAUCCAAUCAGUGAUAUGGAUGAAGAGAUUGAGGCAGAAUACAACAUUUUGCAGUUUCUUCCAAAUCAUCCCAACGUUGUAAAAUUCUAUGGGAUGUUUUACAAAGCAGAUCACUGUGUGGGAGGACAGCUGUGGCUGGUUCUGGAGUUGUGUAAUGGGGGCUCAGUCACUGAACUUGUCAAGGGUCUACUCAGGUGCGGCCAGCGGUUGGACGAAGCUGUGAUUUCAUACAUCUUAUAUGGGGCCCUCUUGGGCCUUCAGCAUUUGCACAAUAACCGAAUCAUCCACCGUGAUGUCAAGGGGAAUAACAUUCUUCUGACAACAGAAGGAGGAGUUAAGCUCGUUGAUUUUGGUGUCUCAGCUCAGCUCACCAGUACACGUCUACGGAGAAACACCUCUGUUGGAACCCCUUUCUGGAUGGCCCCUGAGGUCAUUGCUUGUGAACAGCAGUAUGAUUCUUCCUAUGACGCUCGCUGUGACGUCUGGUCCUUGGGGAUCACAGCUAUUGAACUGGGGGAUGGAGACCCUCCCCUCUUUGACAUGCAUCCUGUGAAAACGCUCUUUAAGAUUCCAAGAAAUCCACCACCUACUUUACUUCAUCCGGAGAGAUGGUGUGAGGAAUUCAACCACUUCAUUUCACAGUGUCUCAUUAAGGAUUUUGAAAAGCGACCUUCUGUCACACAUCUCCUUGACCAUCCAUUUAUUCAGAGAGUCCACGGGAAGGUUUUGUUUCUGCAAAAACAGCUGGCUAAGGUUCUCCAGGACCAGAAGCAUCUAAAUCCUGUUGUUAAGACCAGGCAUGAAAGGAUGCAUACCAGAAGACCCUAUCAUGUGGAAGAUGCUGAAAAAUACUGCCUUGAGGAUGAUUUGGUCAAUCUCGAGGUUCUGGAUGAGGAUACAAUUAUUCAUCAGUUGCAGAAGCGUUAUGUGGACUUACUGAUUUAUACAUAUGUUGGAGACAUCUUAAUUGCCUUAAACCCCUUCCAGAAUCUAAGCAUAUACUCUCCACAGUUUUCCAGACUUUAUCAUGGAGUGAAACGUGCCUCAAAUCCCCCCCACAUAUUUGCAUCAGCAGAUGCUGCUUACCAAUGCAUGGUUACUUUCAACAAAGAUCAGUGUGUUGUCAUCAGCGGAGAAAGCGGCUCUGGGAAGACGGAAAGCGCCCACCUGAUUGUUCAGCAUUUGACUUUCUUGGGAAAGGCAGAUAAUCAGACCUUGAGAGAGAAAAUCCUGCAGGUCAACUCCCUGGUGGAAGCCUUUGGAAAUGCAUGCACUGCCAUCAAUGACAAUUCCAGCCGUUUUGGAAAAUACCUGGAAAUGAUGUUUACCCCAACAGGAGCUGUGAUGGGGGCCAGAAUCUCUGAAUAUCUCCUUGAAAAAUCCAGAGUUAUAAAACAGGCAGCGGGAGAGAAAAAUUUCCAUAUAUUUUACUAUAUUUAUGCUGGUCUGUAUCACCAAAAGAAACUUACUGAGUUCAGACUUCCUGAAGAAAAGCCUCCUAGGUACAUAGCUGAUGAAACUGGAAGGGUAAUGCACGACAUAACUUCCAAGGAGUCUUACAGAAGACAGUUUGAAGCAAUUCAGCAUUGCUUCAGGAUUAUAGGCUUCACUGACAAGGAGGUGCACUCAGUGUACAGAAUUUUGGCUGGGAUUUUGAAUAUUGGAAAUAUUGAGUUUGCAGCUAUUUCCUCUCAACAUCAAACCGAUAAAAGUGAGGUGCCCAAUGCAGAAGCCUUGAAAAAUGCUGCCUCCGUUCUCUGCAUCAGUCCCGAAGAGCUCCAGGAGGCCCUCACCUCACACUGUGUGGUCACCCGGGGGGAGACCAUCAUCCGAGCCAACACUGUUGACAGGGCCUCGGACGUCCGAGAUGCCAUGUCCAAGGCUCUGUAUGGGAGGCUCUUCAGCUGGAUCGUCAAUCGCAUCAAUACACUCCUGCAGCCAGACAAAAACAUAUGCAGUGCAGACGAUGGCAUGAAUGUGGGGAUCCUGGAUAUUUUUGGAUUUGAGAACUUUCAGAGAAAUUCAUUUGAGCAGCUCUGCAUUAACAUCGCCAAUGAGCAAAUCCAAUACUAUUUCAUUCAGCAUGUUUUUGCUCUCGAGCAGAUGGAGUAUCAGAAUGAGGGCAUCGAUGCUACACCCGUGGAGUACCAGGACAACCGCCCACUCCUGGAUAUGUUCCUCCAGAAACCCCUGGGUCUGCUCGCACUUCUGGAUGAGGAAAGUCGGUUUCCCCAAGCAACAGACCAGACCCUGGUUGAUAAAUUUGAAGAUAAUCUCCGAUGCAAAUACUUCUGGAGGCCCAGAGGAGUGGAGCUGAGCUUUGGCAUUCAGCACUAUGCUGGAAAGGUAUUGUACGAUGCUUCUGGGGUUCUUGAGAAAAACAGAGAUACUCUCCCUGCUGAUGUGGUUGUCAUACUAAGAACAUCAGAAAACCAGCUCCUCCAGCAACUCUUCUCAAUCCCUUUGACCAAAACAGGUAAUUUGGCUCAGACAAGAGCCAGGAUAACAGCAGCCUCAAGGUCUUUGCCUCCACAUUUCAGCGCUGGGAGACCCAAGGUGGACACACUGGAGGUGAUACGGCAUCCAGAAGAAACCACCAGCAUGAAGGGGCAGACCGUGGCUUCUUACUUCCGGUAUUCUCUGAUGGACCUGCUCUCCAAAAUGGUGGUGGGACAGCCCCACUUUGUACGCUGCAUCAAGCCCAAUGAUGACCGAGAGGCCCUGAAGUUCUCCCAAGACAGAGUGCUGGCCCAGCUCCGUGCUACAGGGAUCCUGGAGACAGUCAGCAUCCGUCAGCAGGGGUAUUCCCACCGCAUCCUCUUCGAGGAGUUUGUGAAAAGGUAUUAUUACUUGGCAUUCAGGGCACAUCAAACACCUCUUGCUAGCAAAGAGAGCUGCAUUGCUAUCUUGGAAAAGUCCAGAUUAGAUCACUGGCUGCUGGGAAAAACAAAGGUUUUUCUCAAAUAUUACCAUGUUGAGCAGUUAAAUUUGCUGCUGCGGGAAGUCAUAGGCAGAGUGGUUGUGCUGCAGGCCUAUGCUAAGGGAUGGCUUGGAGCCAGAAGAUACAAAAGAGUCAGAGAGAAGAGAGAGAAGGGGGCCAUUGCCAUCCAGUCAGCCUGGAGAGGAUAUGAUGCUCGGAGGAAAUUUAAGAAAAUAAGCAACAGAAGGAAUGAGUCUGCUGUUCAUAUUUGUGCAGAUGUAGGAGCAGAGCCUCGAGAACAUCCGGCUUUGUUUCAUCCCAUGGGGCGCCCUUCUGACCAGAGCGGUGAUCCGUACCCCACUGUCACAGCAGACACCAGGGGAACUGCCCAGGUUCCAGACUGCAGUGAGCCUGGCGACCACAAAGUCCUGAGGAGCUCUGUCAGUCAUAAAAGUGGUCCACGAGCCGACGGCAGCAGUGGCCAUGCAGAGACUUCGAGCAACUCCCCUGCUAUCGCUGAGAAAGAUCGGCAUCCACACGCCCAGAGUUCUUCCAAAGGGUGCGACGUCUUCACAGGACAUUCAAAUCAGCAUUCAGUUUGGGAGACUGAUUUGCUGUCUUCUGGGACAUGCCAUUCUGCUCCAGACCGCCCAGGACUGAGUGCCUCAAGGAGAGCCCUUGCAAAACCUGAUUCAGAAAAUGGUCUCGUACAGAAGCAGCGAAUACCUCGCCGAAGAUGUCAGCAGCCCAAAAUGUUGAGUAGCCCUGAGGACACCAUGUACUAUAACCAGUUAAAUGGAACUCUAGAAUAUCAAGGGAGCAAGAGGAAGCCAAGAAAACUUGGCCAAAUCAAAGUGCUUGAUGGGGAAGAUGAAUAUUACAAAUCUCUGUCACCUGUGGACUCUAUCCCUGAGGAAGACAGCUCAGCCCACCCUUUCUUUUUUUCUUUAUCCUCCAAAGGAGCAUCUUUUGCUCAGCCCUGAGCUGUACGUCCUGCCCCCGCCCCCCCCCCAGGUCCUGGUGAGGGUAAGAACUGUCGUGGUAACUCCCUGAUGGUCAUUUAAUCAGAAAGCAGGGCAGUGGGAUCAGCUUCUUUGGUCGUGUGGUCUGUGCCAGAGCCUUUCUGAACAAUUUUCACAUUCUGAACCAUUUUUUCGUGCCUCCAUCACCCUCCCCACAUCUGCUUUGUAACCUGAGCUGUGCAACCCCUACUUUUCUCAUUCCACGGGUCCCUGUGGGGCACUGAGCACACCUCCACUAUAGCAGUGACAGUCAUUCAUGCCCCAGCGGCUAAGAGGGAAACACUCUCACUUAGGAACACAUAAGACAGCUUUCUUCUUCGUACCAUGUAGGUUCCACACAGAAUCUGCCCCUGUGAAAAUCCAGGAGUCCCUUGCCUCCUCGCCUCUCCUCUGCAUCCCCUUCACCUUUGCUGGUCUUUUACAGCCCUCCCACCUCUCCCCGGGGUCAGGGCUCCCCUGCUGAGGACCACCAUCCCGCCAUCCCGGAGGCGUACCCUCAAAGUCUCUGAGGCCAGGAUAAUUUUUGAUGCUGAGGGGGAGAAGCCCGAAUCUUUCAGGUUCUUCCUAUAAGGCAAAUGAACCCCUCUCUUGCUAAUUAUUAUGCUAGUAAAGCCUUUGUCUCUUUAUUCCAUCUUACCAUCUCACCCCCCAUCACCUUCGCAGUAAAAAGAAAGGAGUGAGACAGAAAGAAAAUGUGGCCCUGCCAGAGUCCAUGUCACAUUGCUUUGUAACUUUGCAUUCCCUGGUCGGCUGUCUCCAUGAGGCUGUGAGUGCCUGGAGGGAAAGCAUCUUAUAUGCACAGAGCCAGCCCAGUGCCUGGCAGGGGGUGGACAUCCAAUGAACGCCCACCCUUCAAUGAGUGGAGAGACUUAGUUGCACAAAUAUAUCUGACAAGAAUUGUAUGUGAUGCAGGAUUGCUCACUUUCCUUACACCAUAAGCUCUGAUUUUUCAUUGAAGGUUGGGCUAGUCCUAUUGUAAUGAUGUUAUCCCUUAUAUUGUAUUACUCAAUAUGAUUUAAUACAAGCCUUUUUUUGAGUAACUGCUCUGCAGAAUGGCAUGUGAAAUUGUCGUAUAAGGUCAAAACCUAACGAGACUCUCUCUCUAGAAAAGAUGUUCUUAAUAUUCUUUUUACUUUAAACUAUUUGGCAGCUAUGCACAUGGGAGUAUCCAGAUCUUGAGAAAAAUAAACUUGAGGAAGUAGAAAAAAAUUACCAGAAUUUUAAAGGGGAGAGUUCUAACAAGCAUUUUACAAGUGUAAGCAAUGAAAUGAAGCAUUUAAAGAUCUGCGAAAUUAUUAUAAGAAAGAAGUGUAGAGAGCCAGUUGUUCAGUAAACUUUACUUUUUAAAAAAUCAGUCUUGAUUUAUUUUCCAGAUCUUCACCCCAAAGGUAGUAUUCAUGAAGUAUGCAAAUAGAGCAGAAGAAACACCAAUGAAUUUAUUGUUUAAAAAAGUAGCACCUAGAAUAUGUAGAUUUUUAAUGUUUCUAUUGAUAUAAGUGGUUUGGGGAAUUUCACUUUUAGCAUUGAUUCAUCUACUUUUGAUUUGAUAAUAUUAGCUUUUUAAACUGUUGAAUAUUAAGUGUUUGUAACUUCCCACUUGUCUGUGUACAAUGUAAUUUUAUACCUGCCUUCUUUCUAAUUAAACCAUAUCUAUAAAUAAAGUUGAAAAGUAAAUAGAAGUAAUUAUAAAA